CAACCAAGAGAGCAAUAAUUGUUCCUGCGUUAGUUAUCCCAGAGUUUACGGGACGUUUUCCCUUUCGAGAACAAAUCUGCAAACGUUAUUAAUAUCCGAACAGCGUUACAUUUGAGGCAGUGAUAAUUUGGUUGUUCGUUUUCUAAUUCAUCAAAAAAAAAAAAACAAUGGACUUCGAUUUGCCUCCUCUCCCGGUGAGCGGUGUCCCGUGGGAGAGGGUUCUGCCACCGUUAUUUCCCCGGUUAAACGGGACGAUUGGACCGUACUCGUGGACCCCGACCGAACUUCUCAUCCCAGUUUCCGAGCACACCGGAGCAGCACAGGUUACCUGUGAUCACAAUGGAUUUACUGUUCAGGUUGAUGUGAAACACUUUAAUCCUGAGGAGUUGCUGGUUAAAGUAGUGGGAGAUUAUGUUGUGGUGGAGGGAAAGCAUGAACAAAGAAAGGAUGGUUCAGGACUGGUGACGCGCCAGUUUAAUCGGCGAUAUCGAAUCCCAAUUGGAGUGGACAUCAUGGCUCUGGAAUCAGCUAUGUCACCAGAAGGAAUGCUUGUAAUCUCCGCACCUCUGAAACCAGGGGAAAAUUCCAGACAGUUGAAUCUGACUGGACCAUAAUGUGCGCACGCACACCUUCAUGUUUUGUGGUCUUCUGUGAGUUAAUUUUUAAAAAUUUGUAUGCAAGGCACUAAAAUCUCUCACCACCUCAAACACAAAGACAGACCAAAACAGACCAAUUCUCACUUCCUCUCACUCACUUUUGUGGUGGCAGAGUAUUCAACAACCAAUUUCAAACAUAUCUGAUUCGAAGCCAAUGAGUAGAUUAGAUCACAUUUCCUUUGCACACAGCCUGAAAGUUCAAAAAAUUCAUCCUCAUGUUAAAUGGUUCAUCUGAUCCAAAAACACUGUCGCUCAGAAUGCACUUAGUGUAUCUACAAGGAGCGGCCAUUCUAAGAUUAUCCUGUGUUGUAUCAAAUUUACUCAGAAAUUGCUAUGUUGAGAUUGUACAUAUUUUUAAAUGAUCAAAUGAAAACAUAACCGUUAAUAUCGUAAAUUAAUGUGAGAUGUACAGUUUGAAUAUCAAUAAAUAUAAUGUGA